CGGAGGUGCAAGAGCUACACUUGGAAAACAAUCGGCUAAGCGAACUACCGACCGAAUUACUGUCACUAGAAAAUCUGACUUUCCUCGAUCUCUCGGACAAUGAAAUUCAUCGACUUCCGCCGGACAUCUCUUCUCUCACCAGCCUGAAGGAACUGAUACUCGAUCGAAAUGACAUCAAAGAACUUCCCGACGAAAUCAGGAAGCUGCACCAAUUACGGCACAUCUCGUUGGUGGGAAACCUGAUCGAGAUCCUGCCUACCUUCCUCCUCGAGAUGCGAGCCCUCGCCCUUACCGACGUUGUCUCCGGGAGGGCUGAGGGAUCUGAGGCUAAAACAACCGCGGAUGAGAAGAAUAAUUUCCACAACAGCUUGUACAAAGUGAAUUUGCGAAAUAAUCAGCUCAAGGGAAACAUCAUUCUUGGUAACUACGGGAAUCUAACGCAUCUCGAUUUGAGCGAGAAUAGCAUUGAAAAACUCGACUUGAGUGCACUCGAAGAAUUGAGAAGCGUUCGAUGUGCCAGAAACAUAUUGACGGAAUUGACUCUCUGCGGUCAUAGCCUCAUCUCACUUAUUGCCGGAAAUAACAAAUUAACAAAACUGACCAUUGUCCCGAUACCAGUCAACCUCGAGCAUCUGGAUGUUUCAUACAAUAACCUGGAGAACCUCCCGGAGUGGACGCCCGAGCUCCCGGUGCUUCGCGCCCUCUUCGCCUCCCACAACAGCCUCAGCACCCUGCCGGAUCGAUUGCUGUCGCAACCGGCGGCCUCGCGACUCGAGGUCCUUCAUUUACCACACAAUCGACUCCAGGCGCUGCCGCCACCCCGGGGUCAGUUGAGCCUCGUUCACCUCACCCUCCAGGACAACGCCCUCACCGCCUUGCCCGCCAAUUUCUUUACCAACACGCUCAAGAUGAAAGUUCUGAACCUGUCGAACAAUCGAUUAUCCGAGCUGCCGUACAAUUACGCGGAGCCGUCAGCGGCGUCCGGGCAUCGCGGCAAUCGACAGGACACCGCCAGCGCGAUUCGCUCACGGAACUCAUUGGAGAAACUCUACCUCACGGCAAACUCUUUAACCAACACGGCAUUGGACGCACUUGCGCAAUUCAAGGCGCUGAGGGUACUUCAUCUCGCUUACAAUGCCCUCGACACGCUGCCCGAGAGCUGUGUAGCAUCGUGGAAGGAGUUAGAGGAACUUGUCCUGUCGGGAAACAAACUACAGUACCUCCCGGACAACGUUGCGGAUCUUCCACACUUAAGAGUCCUUAGGAUUCAUUCCAAUCGACUUUUGACUUGCCCUGUCUUCAACAAAACUUCCUUCCUCAAGGUUCUCGACCUCGCCCACAACCACCUGGACCGGCUGAAUCUGGACAACCUGCUGUCGGCACAACUCCACUUCCUCGAUAUUUCCUGCAAUUCGAGACUACGAGUCGACCUGCGCCAAUUCCAGAGCUACAAUAGCUCGCGCAGGCCGCUCUCCCUAGUCGACGUGUCUGGUCAGAACCGAUCGACGUCCGGAGUCGGCGGCGCCUCGACGCAGAUCGCCUCCCGUGCCAGUCACCGCAAGGAUGCCGAGUACAGUCAUCUUCCCUGGCGACUCGGCUUCUCCGAGACCGCCGGCACUCGCGAGAGACUUCUGGUGAGUCAAGUGCGCAUGCCAACCUUUUGCAACACCGAGGGUCUCUUCGGCCUUUUCGACGGCGGCUCGAAUCAGGAAGCGCCUGCCUCCCUCCAGGAGAUGAUUCCCCGUUUACUGCUGGAGGAGCGCACGGUGAAGGAAACUCGGACUGACUACCUGCGCUACACGCUAUUGGCGGCUCAGCGGGAAUUCCGCAACAAAGGCCAAAUGUACGGAGUCGACGCGGCCCUGGUACACGUAACCGGGCUCGUCGACUCCACGGAUGAGAAGCCAAAAUAUUUGCUGACGGCGGCUAGCUGCGGCGAGGCCAGGGCGGUGCUCUGCCGGGCCUCCGGACCCCUACAGCUCGCCAAGAGCCUCGACGAUCAGUACCUGCCCAGACUACAGGCUGCUCUGGCCCGAAAUUCAAGGGACCAGAAAUCGGGAGUGGCAAACUUACUGCCCAUCGCGCUGCCGGAACCUACGAGUCAGGAGGUGAUUCUGGAGGAUGACGACGAGUUCGUGAUAAUCGGCAACCGGCGUUUGUGGGAGGUGCUCAGCAUCCAAGAGGCAGUGCGCGAGGCGCGGGCGGAAGCCAAUCCCGUGCUCGCGGCUAAGCGGCUUCAGGACCUCGGCCAGGCGUACGGCGCCGAGGAUAACUUGAGCGUCCUCGUGGUGCGGCUCUCGACUGGCUCGGCCGAGCCUCUGAACCGACUCCUAAUGCGCGAACUCCGCCAAGCGGUGCGCACGAAGGAACUCCGAGCCCCGGCUCCCGAAGCUUCCGGAUGCACUUGCCCCUGCUGUACGCCCCGGGUGCCCGGUCACGAGGCGCCGGCCGCUUGCUGCUGCCACGCCCCGACUCUCGGGCUCAGCGACUCCGCGGCGAGUUCCGUCAACGGCUUCUACCUCAAUGGCGUCCUCCGCAACGUCAUAAGCGCCAGAUCCAGCGCAAUGUCGAGUCGCAGCAGCCAGCGACAGUUGCGAGAGGAUCGGAGUUCCCCGAGUGGCCAGUCGGAUCAGACGAGCGAGGUCGGUCUCUUCGAGCCCCGUAGCCGUCGUCGAGCCUCCGACCGCUUUUGUUCCGGAAGUGCAAACGCUUGCAAGCUCCGUCAACAGCAACAGCAGCAGCAGCAGCAGCAACAGCAGCAGCAACAGCAGCAACAGCAGCAGCAGCAGGAACAACAGCAGCUACCCGAGAGGACGCCACCGCCGAGCGACGAGCAGCUCCGUUGCUGGGAGUACAUGCUCGAACAAAAUACCCAGCUGCUCUUCGACAAGGAGCUGGACACCCUGACGAGCGCGCCCCGGAGCUCCGUCUUACGCCGAGGUCGUGGCCAGUCGAGGUCGACACCGCAGCUGGGUGCGAGCUCCAACGUGCCUUUCCUCUCCCGGCGCUUCGGCAGUGCUCGCUCCUUCGACAACGGGGCACAACUCCAGGGCCCGAGAGCUCUCCUCCAGGUGGCGCCUGUGCUGCGCUCGGGCUUCGGGGGUAGCGGACGUCGCGUUCUCAACGGCGGGCCCAACGCCGCCUACUUCGGCAGCCUCCAGCGACUCAUGCCUUACAACCUCGAGUACGACUUUGCCGUGAUCCAGGAGCGGGCGACUCUCGACUCCCUCGAGCAGGACGCCUCGCGGAUGCAGCAAUACUGGGGUGUCGCCACUACAGAAUUGUGAACGGCUCCGCGCACUUUUUCCAUAUUUUCUCCCGGUGGAGUUGCUGCUACUUCCGCGGCAUGUCAACUCACUCGACAAACCUCUUUCCUCUUCAUUUUUCCCAUAUCUUACUAUUAGGUUGUUAAAGAGUCGUUAUCGGUUCGCUGAUAGGCUGCUUUGUCUAAUGAGUAUACGAAAGAUUUAUUUUCGAAUACACGUUUAUUUGCAUUUUAACUUUAGAUGAGAAAAAUCCUCGGUUAAUGUUUUGUCAUCGUUGCACGCGGAUAAUUAGUGAAUCAAAUGAUAUUUCCUUAAUUUGAGAUAAUCGGCUAAUUUAAUGUUGG